AUGCCGCGGAGCCCGACGUCCAGCGAGGAUGAGAUGGCUCAGAGUUUUUCUGAAUAUUCUCAGGAAUCCAGCUCAGAAAGUUCAAAAGAGGAGGCCAUCUAUGAGACGAUCAGGACAGAACAGACUGUCAGCCGCAUGACGGACGUCCAGAGCCACUCGCUGGUCAUUAGAGUGAAUAUCCCAGACCUGCAGCAGACGAAGUGUGUGAGGUUUAACCCCAGUGCCACGGUGUGGGUGGCUAAACAGCGUCUGCUGUGUACUCUGAGUCAGAAUCUGAAGGAUGUGCUGAACUACGGACUCUUCCAGCCGGCCAGCGGUGCUUUCUUGGAUGAAGAGUGUCUCGUCGGGGAAUAUCCACAGCUGGCCUGCGAGGACGCCGCGUCACUGGAGUUUCGCUACAAAACCAGACUGUACGAUCAGCCCGGUGCGGACGAGAAGCAGAUUGCCAGACUUCACACAAAGGCCAACUUGAGGAGGUUCAUAGAUUACAUCCGACAUCAUCAGCUAGAGAAGCUCUCCAAAAUGCUUGACCGAGGCCUGGACCCCAAUUACCAUGACAUGGACACUGGAGAGACGCCGCUCACCUUUGCGGCCCAGCUGGAGAGUACGGUGGAGUUUAUUAAAGCACUGAGGAACGGAGGAGCUCAUCUGGACUUCAGGGCCAAAGACGGCAUGACUGCGCUCCACAAAGCAGCUUGCUCUAAAAACCAGGCCACGCUCAAGGAGAAGUGUGCUCAUGUGCUGCUGGUCAGAGGAGCCGACAAGGAGCUGAAGAACUGCAAUAAUCAGAGUCCGUUCCAGGGAUUACGAGCUCAUCAUCUUCCAGCGAGCGCAGCGGCGGACUCAUUCCUGCUCUCUGAUCUGGGAUGGGAUUUUGUAGGGACUGGAAUCGUUUGGGUCAUGGGUUCUGCCUUGUGCACAGCAGAGAGAGUGCGGUUCCCCGAGGUCCCGCUGAACUCCAGACAGCGACGGCCUCUCCAGAAGAACAAUCUUUCUAUGUCUCGGGUGCUGCUGCGCUCCAACAGCGACAAUAACCUGAUGACGCGAGCCGUGAGUCCAGAGCAGCUCAGUCUGUCCCCGCAGAAGAUGCAGAGAGACCCGAGCGGCCGGGGAAAGAUGACGGGCCGCGGCGGCAGGACCGUCCCGAGCAGCCGUUCCCUGUCCAUCAGCCUGGAGGACGAGCAGAGCACGCAGCAGAAACGUGUCAAUGGCAGGCCGUGUGGCCAGAGCUCCAGGAGAAAGCUGUACAGCGCUGUCCCCGGCCGUCAUUUCGUCGUCGUUCGCUCAUACCAACCUCAAGCUGGUGGAGAAAUCAGCCUGCACAAGAAUGAAAGGGUCAGAGUUCUGAGCGUUGGUGAAGGCGGUUACUGGGAGGGCUGCUGUCGAGGGCAGGUGGGCUGGUUCCCUGCCAGGUGUUUAGAAGAGAUUCCUGUCAAACCUGACAAAGAGAGACCAAAGAGCAGAAUGGAGCGCAGCGACAGGAAAAAACUCUUCAGACAUUUCACUGUUGGUUCCUAUGACAGCAUUGACAGCGACUGUGUGACCGAGCAGAAAACAGUGGCUUUACAGAAGCAGGAGAAGGAAGGCUUCGGGUUUGUGCUGCGAGGAGCUAAAGCAGACACACCCAUCGAGGAGUUCAUCCCGACUCCUGCGUUCCCCGCGCUGCAGUACCUGGAGUCUGUGGAUGAGGGUGGCGUCGCCUGGCUGAUGGGGCUCCGCUCAGGGGACUUUCUCAUCGAGGUCAACCAUCAGAAUGUGGUGAAGAUGGGACACCGGCAGGUCGUUAACAUGAUUAAACAUGGAGGAAACCGACUCGUCGUUAAAGUGGUGACAGUGAGCAGGAAUCUCGAACAAGACGACAACACCCGUAAAAAAGCUCCUCCUCCACCAAAGAGAGCCCCGACAACUGCACUCUCAAUGCGAUCCAAGUCCAUGACAUCUGAACUAGAAGAAUUAGAUAAAGUUGAAGAGACCGUGCAGCCACAGAAGCUUGUGCAUGAAAAAGCCUCAUUGGACAAAGUUGCCACGAUCAAGCCCCGCCCCUCAAGUCGCUUUUUGGCCACAUCCAUGGAUUUUAAUCCGUCCACGUCUGAAAGGCCAGGAGUUGCUGUAGUUCCCCCUAGUGUUCCUGCAAGAUCCCAUGGAAGUUAUGUUCGUGUGCCAAAAAGCUGUAUGAGAAGACAAAAGUCCAUUGGAAUUGCAGGAGAAGAAAAGAAGCUCCUCAUACCUCCACUGCUCAAGUUCACCAGAAGUCUCUCUAUGCCUGACACAUCUGAGGAUAUUCCCCCACCUCCAGGCGUUUCUCCUCCAUCCCCACCUCACAACCUCAGUACUCCUAUGGCACAAGUAUAUGAGCCCAACCAGCCCAUUUACACACAGAACUCAACAGGCAGAUGCCACACUAUAGACAGAGAUCUAGUCGGGUACCAUCGCCAGAACUUUGAACAAUAUGACUGUCAAACUCCUUCGGCUGCCCAGCAAAACAUGUGUUCCCAUAACAGGGCCCAUGUGCCAGAGAACCCAUAUUCAGACAUAGUUGGCAAACAUUUGUAUAUCCCACCAAAACCAGCUCGUAGGAAGGGUAUAUUGGUAAAGCAGCCAAAUGUUGAGGAUAGCCCUGAGAAAACAUGUUCAAUCCCAAUACCAACCAUUAUUGUCAAAGAGCCUUCAACUAGCAGUAGUGGCAAAAGCAGCCGGGGAAGUAGCAUGGAAAUUGAAACUAGUGCCUCCGAGCAGCCAGGCCAACUACGGCCAGAUGGCAGUCACAUCGUGAGCAACCCUUUUGCAGCUGCUAUUGCAGGGGCAGUACGUGACCGUGAGAAGCGGCUUGAAGCACGCAAGAACUCCCUAGCCUUCCUGUCAAUGGAUCUCGGAGAUGAGGAUCCAUUUAUCCCAACCCCUCGUUUACGCCAGUCUAUGUCCAUAGAUGAAGGCAUGUUUGCCAGCGAUAAGAGUUUACAAAAGUUUAUGGCUCCACCGGCUUCUUUAUUAGAGCUCCAGCAAAUUGUAAGUGGAGGCAACAUGGCUGGCUUUACCAUCCCAGAACCAACAACUGAGCACCUCACAACACGCACCGGGAGCUGCCCCAAUACAGACGGUCCCAUCAGUCUCGAUGGAGAUUUCCAAAACCAGACAUUAGGAAAGACUCAUGAUAUUUGUCCACCCUUGGCUCUGGGUCUAGCUUUAAGUAAUAGAGCUCUGAAGGAGCACGUGCAACCCCCUCUUCCUCCACCUAAAGGAGAACCUUACAAAGCAAACCUCAACCAGCCACUCUUCAUAGACACCAAGCUACGGUCCAAUAUUGAUGCCAGCUUUGUUGCCACAGCUACAGUGGGUCAACCAAAAUAUUGUGGAGCUUUGUUUAGACACACAAGAGUGUCCAAUCACGAAACAGAAAAGGCAAAGGAAAGAAAUCCAUCUGAGCAGUUGAAGAACUCCAAGAACACAUCACAACAGCAGUCAUCUGGGCUCCCACCACUUUUAGAUUAUAAUAAUGAUCCGUCCACGUCUGAAAGGCCAGGAGUUGCUGUAGUUCCCCCUAGUGUUCCUGCAAGAUCCCAUGGAAGUUAUGUUCGUGUGCCAAAAAGCUGUAUGAGAAGACAAAAGUCCAUUGGAAUUGCAGGAGAAGAAAAGAAGCUCCUCAUACCUCCACUGCUCAAGUUCACCAGAAGUCUCUCUAUGCCUGACACAUCUGAGGAUAUUCCCCCACCUCCAGGCGUUUCUCCUCCAUCCCCACCUCACAACCUCAGUACUCCUAUGGUACAAGGAUAUGAGCCCAACCAGCUCAUUUACACACAGAACUCAACAGGCAGAUGCCACACUAUAGACAGAGAUCUAGUCGGGUACCAUCGCCAGAACUUUGAACAAUAUGACUGUCAAACUCCUUCGGCUGCCCAGCAAAACAUGUGUUCCCAUAACAGGGCCCAUGUGCCAGAGAACCCAUAUUCAGACAUAGUUGGCAAACAUUUGUAUAUCCCACCAAAACCAGCUCGUAGGAAGGGUAUAUUGGUAAAGCAGCCAAAUGUUGAGGAUAGCCCUGAGAAAACAUGUUCAAUCCCAAUACCAACCAUUAUUGUCAAAGAGCCUUCAACUAGCAGUAGUGGCAAAAGCAGCCGGGGAAGUAGCAUGGAAAUUGAAACUAGUGCCUCCGAGCAGCCAGGCCAACUACGGCCAGAUGGCAGUCACAUCGUGAGCAACCCUUUUGCAGCUGCUAUUGCAGGGGCAGUACGUGACCGUGAGAAGCGGCUUGAAGCACGCAAGAACUCCCUAGCCUUCCUGUCAAUGGAUCUCGGAGAUGAGGAUCCAUUUAUCCCAACCCCUCGUUUACGCCAGUCUAUGUCCAUAGAUGAAGGCAUGUUUGCCAGCGAUAAGAGUUUACAAAAGUUUAUGGCUCCACCGGCUUCUUUAUUAGAGCUCCAGCAAAUUGUAAGUGGAGGCAACAUGGCUGGCUUUACCAUCCCAGAACCAACAACUGAGCACCUCACAACACGCACCGGGAGCUGCCCCAAUACAGACGGUCCCAUCAGUCUCGAUGGAGAUUUCCAAAACCAGACAUUAGGAAAGACUCAUGAUAUUUGUCCACCCUUGGCUCUGGGUCUAGCUUUAAGUAAUAGAGCUCUGAAGGAGCACGUGCAACCCCCUCUUCCUCCACCUAAAGGAGAACCUUACAAAGCAACCCUCACCCAGCCACUCUUCAUAGACACCAAGCUACGGUCCAAUAUUGAUGCCAGCUUUGUUGCCACAGCUACAGUGGGUCAACCAAAAUAUUGUGGAGCUUUGUUUAGACACACAAGAGUGUCCAAUCACGAAACAGAAAAGGCAAAGGAAAGAAAUCCAUCUGAGCAGUUGAAGAACUCCAAGAACACAUCACAACAGCAGUCAUCUGGGCUCCUCAUGGUCCACACACAAGAUAAGGCCAAGCCACAAGUAAACACUCAGCCUGAUAUGUUAGAACAAGAAGAGUCCCCAGAAAUGGACAGUGCACCCAUUGAGUACAACGUCAAACUUACAGCCCCCAACUCCCGGCCACCUCAUACAAGGAACAUCGUCACCUCUGCGGAGGAGCCUGCCAAGCUUCCCCGUACCAUUCCUCCUCCCCCAAUGACCUCAGUGGAUAUUGAUGAGGAGUUUGAACCCUUGCCUCCACCUCUGGAGUUUGCCAACAGCAUUGAUGUUCCUGAGGACCAGGUAGCAGAAAUUCUCAAGCAGAAAAAGAAUAACACAAUAGGACCCAUGCCUGUUUAUCAUUCACGUGCUUCUACAACUGACAGUGUGGAGUCCAAGUGUCUUUCGGGGCUUGUAAACUGCACGACUCCUCACACCUACCCUCCACCACCUCCAGAAAUGUUUGAACCCGUCACGGACUCAGGCAUUGAGGAAGCUGACAGUCGGAAUAAUGGGGACCCUCACUUUGAGGCCAACGGUACAGUUUCCACAGUGUCCAGUAUUUCUACUCUUUCAUCAGAGGGAAUUGAUGACACAUGUAUAUACUAUGCAGAUGGGCAGACUCUUUUGGUGGACCGACCACCUGUUCCACCAAAGCCAAAAAUGAAGCCCACAAUCAACAAAAGCAAUGCACUUUACAGGGACCCUUUGCACGAUAGGAUACACGAGAGCAUAGAGUCCUUCGGACAGCCACCACCAGCCCCUCCGCCAUACCUGGGUUAUGGAGCACAAUCUGAACUUCGCAAAAAACUUGCUCAGCGAGGCACUAAACUCUGGGACCACCAUGAGCUCCCAAAGCCCCUCUUACCCAAUGCAGGUCCUAAAGCCAAUGUGAUCAAUGACCUUAGCUCCAAACUUCAGCAGUUGAACAAGGACAGAUUUCCAAAACAGCCUGCAGGAUCCAGAAGCAUUGGAACAAGAGAAUGGACGGCCCAAGCCUCAGGUACCAAACGCAGCAACACGGUUCCCUCAAUAACCCCGAGCCACUUGCCCCUUCAGGCUUCCAGUCCAGCCUCGCCUCCUCCUGAAUCUGGUCGUUGCUCUUCUCUGCCAGGCUCUGCCGCCUCCCCCACAUUAACAGAUGUAUUUAGCCUGCCAUCUCCACCCAUUGUGAAUGCAGAGCAAUGCUACAGCCUCAGCUCAGUCAGCAGUCGAUCGCCGUCCCCUCUCACGCUGCUUCAGGCUUCAGACAAGCCCUUUGCUGACAAACCCAUCCUACUCUGGACCAAGCACGAUGUAGCCAACUGGCUUGAAAGCCUCAACUUGCAGGAACACAAGAAGGCCUUCUUGGACAAUGAAAUUGAGGGCACCCACCUUCCCAACCUCCAAAAGGAAGACCUUGUAGACUUGGGUGUCACCCGUGUUGGUCACCGGAUGAACAUUGAAAGGGGUCUCAAACUUCUAAUGGACAGAUAAAGGGUGCAUACACUCGGUAAAGUGCUUGGCAUGGAUAUUGGCUUGAUCAAUCCCUCGUUUUCUCCAGCUUCUUUCAGACUAGCUGUGUUGCAUCUGUUGAAAAGUGUGGGGCGAUGUUCUCUGUAUUGUAUUCAGAGGCACAGUAAGUACCAUGGAUGCAGAACUGCACUCAGGAACACUUCUAAGAGGACUCGUUCUUGCCAUCAAAGGCUUUGUUUAAAUGUCUGGAGCUCGUCUCUAACCAGCAGAGCUUGGAUAGAGACAAGUCCUUUCUUUUUUAGCUUUGAUACAGCUAUUUCUGGGAAAAUUUCAUUCCAGAUGUUUUCUGCAAGCGUUCUGUAUGUGGCAGAGAACAUGGAUACCCAGAAGAGCACUGUUGUUUUGUCCUUAUAAAAUAAGGUUAGCUAAAAACUUUAAAUUCACUCAGGCUUGAGCAGGAACAUGUAUUCACACCCUUAAUAUUCCAGAUAAGUGCAAGGGAUGGUGGCACUAGUGAAGCCGCUCUUCAUCCUUGAUGCUUCUUGAUUUUCAUGAGAUUGAAUGAGGACGGGGUCACCUACAGCUCUGUCUGAUCCUGUCCGUGAAAAUUAAAUGCUAAAAAAUACAUAUAUGCUUUCCCUAACAUUUCCCUAUACAAAAAGGAUAUUUUUUGUGUUCUUGCUGAAGAUUACGCAAGCUAUAGAGAAUUAAAAAAAACAAAUAACUAAGGCUUGAGAGGAAGAAUGAUCUUAAUGAGAGCUUGUGGCGUAGCUCAUAAAUCAGGGGUAAUUAUUAUUGUGCUCAUCAGCUGCCAUGGAUUAAAUAACAUCUAUAAUAGCCUCGCAUUAAGGUAGCGACAGCUUUUUUUUAUAUUGUGACUUGGUUGUGGAUCGUGAUAUUGAUUGGAUGAAGGCGGAUCUGACUAUGAGGUUUCCGAGGACUGUAAGGCUGGUCAGACAGUUGGAGAUUUAUGGCCGAUUUGCAGAUGUUGCAUGCUUCUAUAGCUGAAACUUGGCAGCAACAAACAUGCCACGAAUGUAGAGUACUGAGAAAGAACAUUACCCAUAUUCUUUUUUUUCUAUUUUGUUUUUCACUGUACAACAGAAUGCGCGCCAGCUGACAACGUCGAUUGUCCUCUGUGUUUUUCUUCUCUAGUCACGGUUGAAACUGUCUUCAUGUCUGUGGUCUCCCAUGGUUUUAAAAUCGGUUAAGAACUGAAAAUCAUCUAGUGUGUCCCAGGCCUAAGAAAGUGGUGGAGUUCAAACAGACUGAAUGAUUGGAGUCAAGAUCCAGUUGUGACAUCAAAACUACUAUGAAAAAUGAAAUGCAUGCAUAGAUGAAUAGCUCACAAUAAGAUCAAUUACACAUUUAAAAAGUAGCUUGGAAUGAAAUGGAAAUUCACUCUAUUUUAAUGCGAGUUGUGGUUUUGGAGAGAUUCCGCGAGUCGAGUGGGUUUUCUUUCUUUAACAGAGGCUAUAUUAAGCAGCUUUUGUUAUUCUGCAACUUGGAACCAUGUUUCUUAGCCAACAUACACUGGAAAAAUUGAGUCAAUGAUUACUUUUUACAUUUUUAUUUAGAUUUUUGUAUGUGCCACUCACUGCAGUAUUGAUAGUGAUAAUGUCUCUGAAACGAGAAACGAUAUGUUUGCCAUCACCUGCUGCUGAGAUUCUGAGUACGAGUCGAUAUAGAACACUAUUUUUGAAAUGUGGGCCAGGAAUUAAAAAUCGCAAGCCUUUCCUGAACGAAGGUUUGCCAAUACACUGCUGCUACUGUGAAAAUAGACAUUUUAUAAAAUAGAUCGUCUUCUGAUAGCAUACAAUAGAAUAAGAGAGUAUUUUCAAUUUAUAUUAUUAUAUUGCCUUUUCCAAACGCAGUUUCAAUGGUAUUGUUCCCACUUAAGUGUGGUUUGCCAAAAAAGUAAAAUGUUUAAAUAAAAUGGAUAUAGAUUCUUAAUAUAGCAAAUCCAAAAAAGCAAUAUAUUUAUACUAUGGAUAAUACAUUUUGUGUAUAUUUAGAUAAUGUUCCCAUCACAUCAUUAAACAAGCACAAUGUUCACCUGAUAAAACUGCUGGUUUAUCGAUAGAGUUGUCAAUCCCUUACUGUUUAGCUAUGAUUUUUUCCUUUGACUUCAACCUAUUUUGCUUUACUUUGAUUAAAGACUUGUGUUCAUGUUGUUAAUGUCGCCGUAAGAUCUUCAAAAAUGGAAUAACUAACUCAUUGCAAUGACCAAGAAAACAGUAGGAUUCACACGUUUGAGCGCAGUUACACCUUGUAUGGCAAACAAAUCUGAAAGAAAUAAACAUCGCUCCAGUUGAGCUCUGUUCCUGUGCAUCAAUGCGUCUCACAAACACACGCACUUGAUGAAAGCUACUGUAAGAGAAAUAACGUUUCAAACACGGAGGGUGUGGCUGCGCAAUGGAUUGUGAAAAAUACUAGGUUCUAUUUUUUUAUUCUUAAAUGAUAUUUCUUAUAAAACAGCCUUGUAAAGAGAGCCAGUAUAGAUAAGCACAUAAUUUGUUUGAAAAGGUUACUUAACUAAAAUACUUAGCAAAACACAGAUUAUGUCAUUAGUUGCUGCUAAGCCAUUAAACAGAAUUAACUCCUCUGCACCUGUGUGGAUUGUCAUUUAACAGCAGAUCAUUCGAUAUAAUUCAGCGUCACAGACAGAAAUGUCAUGCACUCACAAAAAGAUCAUUCUGCCAGCACAUCGAGAGCGAGUCCAGAGGAAUCAGAACACAGAGAAGCAUGGAGACGAUGCAAAUCAGACAGACAUACAGUUCACAGCACAUAACGCAUUAACAUCUGAUUUAAAUACACAACCUUUCAAAUACCACCAAAGUGAUUUUUAUGAAUGAUUUCAAACACUGCGACUGAAUGUCUGUUCAUCCUGUACUCAGACGUGACGCAGAAUUCUAGCAGUGACGGAUUAUGGCAUUAUAUUUUGGCCUUCAUUGAUUAUGAUCAUUCAUAUUUUCAAACUUAACGCAGUUAAUCCCUAUUCCAACAC